AUGCCACAAAACUUCAUCUUAGAACUUGAAUUAUUUAACGUAUGGAGAAUUGACUUCAUAGGGCCAUUUCCAACCUCAUACUCAAAUAAAUAUAUUCUAGUGGCAGUGGACUACGUCUCUAAGUGGGUGGAAGUUAUUGCUACUCCAACUAACGAUAACAAGGUGGUUAUGAACUUCCUCAGGAAAAACAUCUUUAGUAGGUUUGGAGUUCCCAGAGCUCUCAUCAGUGAUGGAGGCAGUCAUUUCUGCAACAGACCAUUAGAAAUUCUUCUCCUAAGAUAUGGGGUCAAGCAUAAGGUGGCCACACUUUAUCACUCCCAAACAAGUGGGCAAAUAGAAAUAUCUAACAGGGAGCUCAAGAAAAUUCUUAAGAAAACUGUGGGGACUUCAAGAAAAUACUGGUCAAAGAAGUUGGAUGAUGUCCUAUGGGCCUAUAGGACAGCUUUCAAAACACAAAUUGAGAUAUCUCUAUAUCAAUUGGUGUAUAGAAAGGCUUGUCAUCAUCUUCCAAUGGAGCUCGAACGUAGAGCAUUUUGGGCUCUUAAGUUAUUGAAUUUUGACAAUAAUGCUGCUGAAGAAAAGAGGAUCCUGCAACUAAAUGAGUUGGAGGAAUUUAGAUCCCAAGCCUAUAAGAAUGCUAAGAUCUACAAAGAAAAGGCAAAGAAAUGGCAUGAUCAAAGGCUGGCACCAAGGAGCUUCGAAGAAGGACAAAUAGUUCUCAUCUAUAACUCCAAGUUAAAACUCUUUCCUGGGAAGCUAAGGUCAAGGUGGUCAGGACCCUUCCUUAUCACCAAGGUUUCACCAUACGGACACAUAGAGAUCAUAGAGGAAAGCUCACAAAGAACCUUCACUGUCAAUGGGCAAAGGCUUAAACAUUAUUUGGGGGAUAUGAAGGAAAGUCCCAAGAUGAAAUACAAUCUUAGCUAA